AUAGCAUACUACUCACUUGUGUCUUGUUGAAUGUGUCAAUUAGUGAAGAGAUGAAACUGGGGCUAUCAAAUUUUGCCACUGCAGUUGUAAUCUUUUCCAGCCUGGAUGCAGUGCUUGGGAUCAGAUUUGUGAUUGACAAAGAAGAUUUUUUCUCUCAUAAUGUUCAAUAUGAAGGGGAUAGAGUCCAUGCUUCAUUUGUUGUGAUCAAGGUUGAUACAUCUUGGCAACAUACUCAUGAGGGUGUAGACCUUUCGGUGAAAGGACCUUCUGGUGAACCAAUUAAAGAUUUUCAUGACAUGACAAGUGAAAUAUUCGAAUUUGUGGCACGAAACAGUGGACCCUAUCGCUUCUGCUUCAUCAACAAGUCUCCCUAUCAUGAAACAGUUGAUUUUGAUGUCCAUUCUAACCACAUUCAUUUCACUGAUCAGCAUGCAAAAGAUGAGCAUUUAACUCCUUUGUUGGAUCAGAUAGUAAAGUUAGAGCAAGCUCUUUUCAACAUUCAGUAUGAACAGCAUUGGCUUGAGGCUCAGACAGAACGCCAGGCAAUAGCAAGCAAUGCAAUGAGCUCCAGAGCAAUUCACAAGGCCUUACUUGAAUCAAUGACACUAAUGGGUGCCAGUGCCCUCCAAGUUUAUCUUCUCCGUCGCCUCUUUGAAAGAAAGCCUGCCUAUAGAGUUCAAGUACCUGAACGUUGAUUUUGGAGCAUAACCUGUUAAGUCCACUAAAUUCUGUUGGCCAUUAAAGGUUACAUUGGAACCACCUAAUUGAAGAUUAUUUAGCUCUUCUUUUAAGGCACAUGGACAUGCAUUCCUGUCUUACUUUAUGCUAGUCAUGUUAACAUUGCUGUCUCCGAGCUCUCCAGCUGAGUCCUCUUAAAUUUCGCAGGAUAAGUGGACCAGAUAAAUGAUAAAUAAUUGGCCAUAGAACUUGCAAGCAUACAAAUUGUAAUUUGCGAUUUCGAGUCACCAUGGAUGCUUUUCUUUAUAAAAAUCU